ACCAGACACACAACUGAUCCUCUUUAUCUCUCUCCAACCACUCCACCCAGAAAUAGAACGAUGACGAAGUAUCUGUUCCCGGAAACAUGACGUCAACAGAACUCCCAUCAACUACAAAGCCAGAGAUCUCACCUCUAGCCACUACUCCUGUACCAUCCUCGCAAUCUACGCAAUUCACCACAUCACAGAAGGGAGUAAAAUAUCGCCAAAAUGGUCAAAGACAAGGAAACCGUCAUCGACGAAUUCAACUCCCUCGUCAACAUGACCCCCAACGAACUCCGCGACUGGCUCAAGGGCACGCAAUCGCAGUCCUCCGGCUGGACGAACGAGUCCUCCUCGUCAGGAGAGACAAUCGGACAUGAAAGCGGCCGCAAAAUCGUCACCAUCCUCGAACACAACCCGUCCAAAGACCCAUCGGAGUACUCGGACGACGACGUCGUUCAUAUGCGCAAGGUAGUGUCGUACUGUAAACGGCAUUUGGCGCAGGAGGAAACGGCGAAGCAGAAUACGGAUAGUAAGAGUUACAAGUCGUUGAAGAAUUGGGGACAUGAUCCGUUGAAGGCAUGAUCAUAUAUUUCUCUUUUGGAUGGGGAUGGUCGUUGAAGAUGGUGUUGUGUGAGUGUAUUAGUAUGAGCAGGAUCGAUUAUGUUAAUUGUUAGGAAGGGAUGUGCGAUGUUGAAUAAAUGUACUUAAGAGCUCUGUCGGAUUAAG